CCCGCCCCCACAUCCUCUGCCCGUAGCCCUCUGGAAUAGGUGGCCUCAGUGGUACCUGCAGCUCAGCGAGAGAGAAUAUGCUGCUACUCAGCCUCCAUGUACUGCUGCUGUGGACAGGUUUUGCUGAAGGAGACUCUGUCUCGGAUGGAUCCUGCGCUUUCGAGAAUAGCACAUGUGCCUACACAUCUGCUUAUGCUUUUCUUCCAUGGAUUGUAAAUACAGAAGGUCAUUAUGUUUCAGUGGAUACAACUCAUGGAAUUCAUGGACAGAAAGCUGUUCUCCUAAGCCCUGACCUCCAGCCUGAUGAAUGGAGCUGUCUUAGACUGGUUUAUCAAAUUACUGGACUGGAGUUCUCCCCCAAUCCCAGUAUCUUAAAUGUUUUUGUCAGGCCUGAAGGUGAGAGCUUUGAUUACCUUCUAUGGUCAAGCCAGGAACAGUCAGAUGGCUGGUUAAUAGCAAGUGUGGACUUAAGAUAUUCAACAAAAAGGUUUAAGAUCAUACUGGAAGGAAUACUUGGAGCUGAUGAAAAAAGCAGCAUAGCCAUUUAUGAGUUAAAAAUGACCACUGGGUAUUGCAUUGAGUGUGAUUUUGAGGAGAACCAUCUCUGUGGUUACAUGAACAGCUGGAACCCAAAUGUAAACUGGUUUGUUGGAGGAGGCAACAUCCGAAAUUCACGGGCUGUUAUGCCUAAAGACCACACACUUGGCAGUGAAUUUGGACACUACAUGUAUGUUGACUCUGUUUAUGCCAAGCAGUUCCAAGAAGUAGCACAGCUGGUGUCUCCUUUAAUUGUUACCCCUAUAUCUGGAUGCCUUUCCUUCUAUUAUCGAAUUCAUCGUCAAAGUAGCAAUGCUUUUAUGGUCUAUACUAGAGAUGUACACGGGUCCUAUGAGGAAAUCUGGAAAAUGAAUGAUGUGAGACAAGGGGAAUGGAACCUGGCUGAAGUUGAUUUGAAUGCAUUAUUCCCAGUAGAGAUAGUUUUUGAAGUUGCGUUCAAUGGCAUCCAAGCGGGAUAUGUUGCUGUAGAUGAUAUUUCAUUUUCCGCUGAAUACUGCAGUGAGGAAAGAGGGGCAGUAUUCAAUGCACAAGAAGCUGGCUGUGAUUUUGAGAACGAUCUCUGCAAAUUCCAUCAAGAUAAUAAAGAGUGGAGCCGGGUAAAAGUGAAGCCCAAUGUCUACAGAAUGGGAGACCACACCACCGGACUGGGUUAUUUCAUGCUGGCAGAUACAAAGUUUUCGUCUCAAUCUGGAUAUGUUGGACGCCUGUACGGUCCAACCUUACCUGGAAAUAUGCAGUACUGCUUACGAUUUUUUUACACGCUCUAUGGGUUUUCAAAAAUGAGUGAUUCUUUGGCUGUUUAUAUCUUUGAGGAGAACCAUGUUGUCCAAGAAAAAAUCUGGUCAGUGCAAGAGUCACCCAGAGGAGUCUGGCUUCAGGCAGAAAUCAACAUUAAUAAACCUAUGACUUGCAAGGUGGUAUUUGUUAGUUUGUGUAAAAGUUUUUGGGACUGUGGUCUUGCAGCACUUGAUGAUGUUUCAGUAAACAUUGGAAACUGCCAGAUAGCUGAUAGGUUGCCUCCAAUCCCUGGAAAAUGUACGUUUGAAAGAGAUGAUUGUGGAUUUCAACAAGAAUGGCAAAGAAGAGGAACCUGGCAUAGGAUACGAGGGCCAACACCUACAUCUUACACAGGACCAAGGGGAGAUCACACUUCUGGGGUAGGAUACUAUAUGUACAUUGAAGCUACCAACAUGUUCUAUGGGCAAAAAUCAAGCCUUAUCUCAAGACCACUUUGGGCAAUUUAUGGGAAGCAGUGCUUGACUUUCUUUUACCACAUGUAUGGAGCUGGCACUGGACUGCUUAAUGUAUAUUUGAGAGAGGAAGGUCGCAGGCACAAGGAGAUUCUUUUAUGGACUAAAAGAGGCGAACAAAGUAUCAGCUGGUUAAGAGCACAGAUAGAAUAUGAGAGCCAAAGGCAACAUCAGAUUGUGUUUGAAGCUAUUCGUGGGAUUUCAAUAAGAAGUGAUGUUGCGCUUGAUGACAUAAUAUUUCAGAACAAACAAUGUGGGGAUUUGGAAGAUACCGGAACACUUCAGUCAUCGGGAUAUUUGGAAGAUUUCAACGAAAUUGAUUUCUAAGUCAUGAUUCUUUACCAGAACAGAACUAGUAAAAUAGACAUUAGUCUCUUCAGAAACUGCACAGUAACUAUUGUUUGACAGCAAACUGAAGAAUGCUUAAAACGUAUUUACAGAUACAUAACACAAACUCAGAACACAUGUGUUCUCAGACAAGACAAUCUACUCAGGGCUAGAUAUAUGUUGCGAUUACGCAUGUAUUGUCAGUAAUAACGACAAUGGGACAGGUUUACUAAUACUGGCCCACAUUUACAAAUGACAGUACUGAUAUAUUUUGGCAUAAAUUGUGCCAAAAUGUGGCUAUUCAGGUUUACAGCCAUUGGCAAGGGGGCAUGGCUUAUCUAAAAAAGGGGUAUAACUUCACAGGAAAGGGAACAUUUAGCACGAAAGUUGUGACACAAUUCUGGCAUAAAAUUAUGUCACAAAAUAAGCCAACCAAUAGUUUGAAAUGAGAGAAAAGUGUCUAUCCCGGCACCACAUUUAUCAUCCAGCCUGAGCCAAUGUGAUAAAUCUGGUGGAGACCUAGACAAACUGUCUAAGAGAGUAAUGUAUCAAGUGCUCUAUGCCAGAAAAGAGCAGGGAAUUUGCCUGUUUGUUCAGUGGAAUAGGAUUUUAUACUAAAGUUACGAUUAAUUUGUGCAAUUUUUCGGGCAGUUUGCACUAAGCCUGGCAAAGGCAUUUGCUAAGGGACGGGCAGAUGUUUUGUGGGUGGAGCUAUGUUUUUAGCCAGAUUUAUCAUUUCAACUUUUUUUUUUUUUUUUUUUUUUUUUACUCGCAAAGGUACUCUAGUCCCCUGGUGGUGUACAGACUGAUGGAACCAUUGUAAUAAAUAUAGUGAGACAUAAGACUGAAAAAUCCAUAUGUAUUUUGUGCAAAAAAAAACAUGCAACCCAUGUCCCUUAAAGGCUAUUUAUACCUUUGGGGGCAAUCUUUUUAUUAUUGCAUUGUACUUAUUUUGAGCUAAAAAUCAUUGUUUUAAUAGUUUUUUAUAAAAAAUAUGGAAUCCUUUUUUGUGUACAGAGCUGGGAUGCUCUAGUAGCAG